GCGAGCUUUCAGCAGUGGUGGUCUGAUUCUCGUGUAUCUCAACCAAGUAAACGCGUUACGCAGCAAAAUGGCAUCUUUCAUUGGCAAGAAAUACAAGCUGGACAAGUCCGAGAACUUUGAUGAGUACAUGAAGGAGCUGGGCGUUGGCAUGGUACUGCGCAAAAUGGGCAACACUGUCAGCCCCACUGUUGAGGUUACCUUGGAGGGUGACACCUACACACUGACCACCACGUCCACAUUCAAGACCUCUGCCAUUAGCUUUAAACUGGGCGAGGAGUUCGAUGAGGAGACUCUGGAUGGUCGCAAGGUUAAGAGUGUCAUCACCCUCGAUGGCAACAAGCUGACACAGGAGCAGAAAGGCGACAAGCCCUCGACCAUUGUGCGCGAGUUCACCGACAGUGAGCUGAUUACCACCCUCACCAUUGGCAGCGUGAAGAGCGUGCGCGUCUACAAGGCAGUCUAAGCAACAGCAUUUCGGCUGCAAAACAUGACUGAAUUAUCAACUGUCUAAACUAAAAUUUGCAUUACGAACUAAUUCCCAGCUUAGUAACAUAAUGUUAUUGAAUAACAUAAAAACCAAACAAAAA